AUGGUCAUCCAUAAAGAUAGAACUCAAUACCUGACACUAACUAACGAGUUGGACUUCCUUGAUUGGCUGAAGGACGCCAAACCUAACCAAUUGAAAGCUGUCUCUCAUUAUCCGUUUCCUUCGUGGCCCGAUGUAACUCUGAAAGCUGCACUGAAAGCGAAUAGUCAGAACAACCUUGCAGCGUUAGUGGAUGUGGAAAAACCCCUAAGACAGUUUGAAUUCGUGCAGCAAGAUCAACAAAAAACGCGUUGA